CUGAGCCCACGUGUGACGCGCGCAUUCCCGGCUCAGUGCGAUUCGCUUUAGCGGCGCUCCGGGCUCCGUUCGCUCUGACUGCGCGCCUUUUAGUUUGCUGCCUGUUUUUAGUUGGGUUAGCGAUGGAGGGAGACGGGAGCCAAGCCACGUCCGGGAGUCCGACCGAUUCGCAACACGACCCAGGUAAAAUGUUUAUCGGUGGCCUCAGCUGGCAAACUUCACCAGACAGCCUUAGAGACUAUUUUAGUAAAUUUGGAGAAAUCCGAGAAUGUAUGGUGAUGAGGGAUCCCACGACCAAGCGCUCCAGGGGAUUUGGGUUUGUUACGUUUGCAGAUGCGGCCAGUGUAGAUAAAGUUUUAGGUCAACCUCACCACGAAUUAGACUCAAAGACGAUUGACCCUAAAGUUGCCUUCCCGAGACGUGCUCAACCCAAGAUGGUCACAAGAACAAAGAAAAUAUUUGUAGGAGGAUUAUCAGCUAACACAGUAGUCGAAGAUGUGAAGCAGUAUUUCGAACAGUUUGGCAAGGUAGAGGAUGCCAUGCUUAUGUUUGAUAAAACUACAAAUAGGCAUAGAGGAUUUGGCUUUGUAACUUUCGAGAAUGAGGAUGUGGUGGAGAAAGUCUGUGAGAUUCAUUUUCAUGAAAUCAAUAAUAAAAUGGUAGAAUGUAAGAAGGCUCAACCCAAGGAGGUGAUGUUUCCCCCAGGGACACGAGGGCGAGCCAGGGGUCUACCCUACACCAUGGAUGCCUUCAUGCUAGGAAUGGGAAUGCUGAGUUACCCAAACAUUGUAGCAACGUACGGCCGUGGAUACACUGGCUUCGCCCCGAGCUACAGCUACCAAUUCCCUGGCUUUCCCGCGGCGGCGUACGGUCCGAUGGCGGCGGCAGCAGUGGCAGCAGCACGUGGUUCAGGUAGGGGGGCCCGUGGAAGAGGCGGCUACGCAGCAUAUCCACACAGCACAGGGCCAGGCUUCCCCGAUUACGGUUUCUAUUCCACGACAAGUGACCAACGGGGGCCCCCCUUCUCCUUUGCGGACUAUGGCUCCCUAGGCCCACAGGCGGCUCAGCUGCUUCAAAGCGAGCAUGCCACCUCGGCCUGCAACUCCCCCCUGCAGCACCUGCCCAGCCCGGAUCAGUAUAAAAGCCCAGGCACCAACCCUCCGCGGCCUGGAACUUUUCCGGGAGCGAGCAGUCCAGGACCCGUGGCUGACCUGUAUGGCCCCACUAGCCAGGACUCCGGCGUGGGCAAUUACAUAAGCGCUGCUAGCCCUCAACCUGGCUCCGGCUUCGGCCACAGUAUUGCUGGUCCUUUGAUUGCGACAGCUUUUACAAACGGAUACCAUUGAAACCUAACAGGUGGUUGGUUGCCAUCUCAAUUGAGCAGAGUUUAUCGGGAGGUCAGGGGAAGACAGGCCACAGUUUCUAACUGGUUUUGUGUACAGGUAACGGCCAUACAACUCCAAGCACUACAGCGUGGAACAGACACGGACGAGCUGAGAUGGCAGGAUCUGAAGAACAAAAGAAAUGUCUGAAUCAUCUCCGAGAAAAAAAAACAAAAAACAAAACAACAACAUUAAUCUGCUGUACUAUAAUGAAAACCUGGCUUUUUGGAUUUUAUUUUUUUCCUCCUAAUGUAUCCCCAUAAUCUAGGCUGAUGUUGUCGUUUUGUCCUUUUUCACUUCUUUUUCCCCGGUUUUAUUGAAGUUGUUUCUUUAACAUCUUUUAUCAUAUAGUCUGAUCAGCCUUUGAGGUUGACUAGUUUUGAAAUAUUUUCAUUAUAUACUAUGUUCUCUGAUGAGAAGAACUAUGUAAAUGUACAUCUUCUCGCUUUUUUUUUUUUUAGUGUAAUAACAUCACUCUAGUUGUCUCUUCACUCUUGGCUCUUUGUAAUAAUAACACCCAGUGUUUCAUGUCAUUGCAUUCGAAGCAAGAACACUGAAGGACUUGCUUCAAAAAUCGUGAUUUUUUUCAACCUUUAAAAGAGCAACGAGAGGGUAACUAACAAAUCUAAGUAGCUCUGUUCUUCGUUUCAUGUGACGUCUUGUUAUCAUUAUUAUCUAUUUUGGGCAAUAAGAGGACUACAAUAUUUUCACAGUCCUUUUUUAUAAAUGUUUUUUUUUUGUUGUUGUCGUCGUCGAUGAAAGAAAAAAAAAUUAUACAUUUCCUUUUAAUACUUUGUGAAAUGAGAUUUAAAAAGAAAACAAUUAUAAAAUCUGUAAAUAUUACUCAUUACUACAUCAAACCAUCUCAGAGAGAACCAUAUUUUUGUGAUGGUGUUCUAGAGGUCAUACUGUGCUCUCAAUCUGAAAUAUGUUUCAAAAAACGGAAAAACGAAAAAAAAGAAAAAAGAUCUUUCAGGCUUGGUGCGGUAACCGAAAUCCAUUUGUAGCACAAAAGCCGUGAGAAACCCGACUGCAGACACAAGCCCAAUAAAACACUGUUAGCUCGCUCUGUAAAUACUGUUGGCUUUCUAACUGUGCAGGUAGCAAACCAGCAUAUUGACUAGAUUGUGAGAUCAGAUGUGCACAGCUUUCACAGAGAAAAUACUUUACAGCAUACACACAAAUCAGCAUCCUACAAACAAAAUCCAACUGAAAUCCAAAGCACAUGUUUGUUUCAUGUUUUUUAAGUACCAGUGAUAUAAAAAAAAUGAGAGAUUUUCUAAGAAGUAAACUGUGUUUAUUUUUUAUUUUUUCUUCUAUUUCUUCCUUCUCACUUUUUGGUUCGAAUUUUAGUUUUUCCCGUAGUCCUAAAAAAAAAUAAAUAAAAAUAAAUAGUACACAGAACGCCUGAUUUCGGAAAAACAAAAAAGGCAAUAUUUCAAGAUUUGUAGUCGUUUCUGACUUACCGUGCUCAAUUAGGAACUGUUUUUUGCACCAUUACCUCAGUCCUGUGGGAUGUACUUUAGAGGACGUAACAAAUUAAUUUAUUUUAUCGUAAGACGAAAUAAAAAAUAAAAAAAAACGAUUGUCUUGAAAUGAAAAAAAAAAAGAAUCAUUGCACUGUGAGAAAGAAUUUAUUAUUUUCUAUUUGCACAUGUUUAAGGAUUUUCUCUACCGUGGGUCAUAUGAAGGACUGGUAAGGAAUCGUUUGUCCCUGCGAGGCUGCAGUCUUUACGGCUGUGUGGGUUUAUUUUUUAAUUUAAUAGUUUUUGUUUUUGUUUUUUUUUUGUUUUUCCGGGCAUUUUAUUUUUUUCUGUGCUUGUGAUCUGCCAACGUUACAGCCGAGUUUAUUAGGUAGCAAUAGUCGAAAUCCUCCGAUACACUGAAACUGAAUGAAAUCAGUAGCUGCUACACACAUAUGACGUACAUGUCGGAUCUGACGAGAUCGAAAUGAUGCUAAAAUGCUGAGUGAAAUAAGAGUGAUAUUUAAGAGUGUAAACUGACAUAGAUAUAUAUAUAUAUAUAUAUAUAUAUAUAUAUAUAUAUAUAUAUAUAUAUGUGCUGUUGUUCAUCCUUGCUGCAAGUGUGUUUUUAUUUUCAUUUGUUCCUCCCUUCUUCUUCUUUUUUUCUUUCCUCCCACAAUUUUACUGAAACUAACACACGAUUGGAAAUGCUGAAUCCUUUUUUUUCUUUUUUUUUGUACAUCACGGGAAAAAGAAAAGGAAAUAAGUAAGAGCAGAAAGACGGCUUCCUGCUAACUCUUCAAACUGUUUCAAAAGACAAAACUACUCAAAACAGCGCGGAUCCCCGUCACAGUUUGAAAAUCAACAGGGGAUAAUUUUUUUUUUUUUAUUGCUAUUUUUGUGGAAGUGAAUGACUAUGUUAAAUAUGUUGCUGACUAUAUUACGGUUACUAUGUACUGUAUUUCUCAUUUGAUGAUCUCUCCAUUCCCUGUCGCAUCAUCCAGUAAUCUUCUGUUGAUCAUUGUAUUUCAGUAGUGUGUAAAAAGAAAAAAAAAAAAGAAAGAAAUUAUCUUGUACAAGAGUGCUGUCUUUUGAUGCCAGUGUAGUGGUCUGUACAUUUCUCUGUUGAUCCGAUUGUUUCACCCCUCUAUCUAUCCCCCGCUUUUUGCCUCCCGCUUUUCGUCUUCUUGCUCUUUCGCUAUAUCUCUGUCUCACUCUCUCUUAGUGAAUAGUCGUAGAUGUUUAUGUAAUCAACGUUACCGUAGAGCUGUAGUGGUAGAUUUAGUAGAUUUAGGACCAGUAAGGAUAGAACUUUCUCUUGAUAAUCAUUUAAACAAACAAACAAAAAAAUAUGCUGAACAUCGUUUCCAUGCCGUUUUUCCACCUUUACUUUUGUCUUUCUUUGUGUUCAUUGGGUUGGUUUUUUUUCUGAUUCUCACAUGGUUUCAACUAACCAAAGCUCUCACGAUGAAAUCCAGUUUAAAAAAAAAAGAAGAAGAAGAAAGAAAGAAAGAAAAUUGGUGGUAAGACAGAGUUGUAAACAAGGCAUUAAUUGGAUCCCCACCCUUGAAUGUUUGAAAAGGGGGUGUGCCAUACUACCUUAAAUGCUAACGCUUGAUAUGCAAAACCCUUUUUUUUUUUUUUUUUCUUUCUUUUUUUUAAGAGGGACGCAAUUUAUAAUUAUGGAAAGGAUUUUAUUACGGGAAUGGAAAAAAAAAAUCAUAUUUUUUUAAGUACGUUCUACCUGAGUAAUGAUGAUCUAGCCUAAUAAUUAUAGAUACGGAUAAAACUGUAAUAGGUUUUGAUAUUUAUACUCUUCCGAAGAAAAAAAAAAAAAAGAGUCCACUACUAUUUUUAAAUACUUUUUUGUGUCUCUGUGUCUGCAUAGAUUCAGAUUCAUAUAUCUUUUAGGUUCGGGCCAUCUUAAAGGUUAUUUUUUUUGUACGCUGUAACCUUAGUGCCAGUUCUUCAUGUUAAUCGAAGCUAUCAGAGCAACAGCUACGAACAGUGAAUUAUUAGAAGUACUGUGAAGUAUUCAUAUAGCAUGUGAAACAAAAGAAUUAGGCUAGUGUUAAUAACUAAACCGUUUUUAUUAAGACAGGUUCAUUGCCGUUAACGGUCCUAGAAGGAUUCCGUACAACUUACAGCGAAGACUUGAGAUAUUUUUUCCGGGAAUGAAAUCUGUUCUCAGGGAUUAUGAAUGUAAGCUAAUUCUAAUCGAACUCCUCUAUAUGUGAGAUUUAGCUCUUAAUUACCGUGUGGAUUCUGUGUCUCUGAUCCGUGCUCUCAGAUUUCAUCCGGACGCCAACGCCGGGCCGCUUUUACUCCACACUCGAGUUUAACCUGCUGAGGUUUUAGAUUCCUAAAGAACUCUAGCUGAUAGGGAAACACUGCUGUAGAGGUUUUAAAACUGUACUUUUGUAGUCUUUCCUGGAAAAAAGGAAAUUCUAGAUUUGACCGUUUACACACAGUAUAAUAAUUUGUGUUGCUGUGUGAAGCUGUCGCACAUGAAUAACCUCGUUACAAACAUUUCUAACUUACCACUGGUAUGAGUUUAUAGCAUAAAGAAAGGCUUCCUCACUGCCACACUGCAUCCGGCGCUUUGUCAAAUUCACAUUAGCGAGAUUAAAACAGUGGCAGAAAAGAAUUAUGUAUAAUAUACGAUUAUGAGUUUAUCAUACUUAUAAUCCUGAUCUGGCUCUUGAUUAAAAUGAAGGCUGGCAACCUUUUUUCUGAUAGCCUUCUAUAAUGUCUCUCAUUCAGUUGCUUUCGUUUUUUUUUCUUUAUAUAUUUUCGUUCUUUUCUAAUUUGAUCUUGUAGCUUGGACUUUAAGGUAGCAUGGCUCUGUUGCCAUUAUUUUAUUUUUCCAUCGACAGCCGUUUACAGCAGAUGAAUGUUACACAUCUUGCUAGACUAGUUAAAUCAUUGGAUAUUUGUUGGUUUUGGAAAAAAAAAUAAUAAAAAAGGAAAAGGAAAAAAAAAAAAUGACCUGGAAGGUGUUGGGUGAUAUUCGAAAUGAACUACCGUAUCCAUUCAAAACUUGAAUUUUGAGGCAAGUGCUAGGCAAUGGCCAAAACGAUCAUCCCAUUAUUGAAGGAACAAACUACUCUGCGCACACACACACACACACACACACACACAAAGACAAACACAUGCACACAUACACACACAUUCUCUGUCUCUUUCUGUAACGACAUACUGUAAUGACGUAUGUAUAUACUUGUAUACAGAUACAGGAUAUAUAUGUAUAGUGUAUAUAUCUCUUUGUUAAAGCUGUUUGUUGAAGCUGCCUCAUAAUGCUUAUUAAUCAUUUGUAGUGACCCUGAAAACGUUUGGGUCAGUAGUCUACACUGAAAUCAUGUUUGAAAUCACGUGUUGUGGGGGAAGCUGCAUUGUGCACUACUGGGACAGUUAGAAAGCCGGGAAACGUGUUAGUUUAGCUGUACACGUGUCCCUUUAACUUUAACUCUGUAGGGACCCGGUACAGUUGACAAGGCAGGUGUCACAGGGGAAUGGUCUUUAUUUCUGACGCUUCCCUCGGGAACUCAGUCUCCUGUUUAUCCUCCCCAGCUUUCGCCUCUCUGAUUGCCUUGUCCAUUCCUAACACUUGCCCAUUUUUAACGGACUUUUUACCGCAUGAACUGACUGAACGGACUGACGUCUGAAAGCAUCUUUCAGGUCUUCUUCUAUGGCUUGCUCAAGCCCUGUUGUAAAAUAAACUAAAGUGGAUGGGGGUCUCUCACAUCUCAGAUGUGGAAAGUAUAAUUUUAUAUUUGUAUUUUCAAAUAAUUAUGAUAAUAAAAAAAUGUUUGUGAAAGGUUUCCAUCCUCUACUGUGGUCCAGAAAUCAAUGUGUUUGUCUGGAGAAGAUUUAAAAAAAAAUAAAUAAUAAUAAAGUAAACUGUUUUGAAACAUUUCAUGGUUUUUUGAUUUUGAAUUAACAUUUUUUUCAAGCAAAUGAUGUGUGAUUUAAAAUAUGAAUAUAUCUGCAAAAGAAUGUAUAUCAGAUAUGCACAACAAUUAAAAUGCACAAAAAUGAA